CGACAAGAUUUCUAAAACCAAGUCCUUUAUAAUGAAAGUAAUGAGUGGUUUAGUGAUUGUGAUGGUUGUGGUGACGUGUUUGGUGUUGGAGUCCAGUGCCCAAAAACACCAGGACCUCAUUAUACUUGGCAGCAGUGGUUGGGGCAAAAAGGGAGGCUGGUCCACACCGACAUUCAUAAGGACUGGUAAGAAGAGUAAGGGCACGACUAUAGUGAUGGGCGGCCGCAAGAAGAGGUCCAUUGAGGUGGAGGCCGAGGACGACAUCCCCCGAGUUUACCGCAUUAUUAUACCCCAAGAUGUGCAACAAAUUGAGCCCCAAAUCUGA